AUGGCUACCGCCCAGGGACAGGAUAUUAUCCGGUGUCAACUGUGCUCAAACCCUGUAGAACAUCACUGUAAUCUUUGUCACGUUGAACUCUGCCUAUCAUGCAUACCAAAACACAUGGCCGACAAAUCAAGAAGACAUGAAGUUGUAGAGUACACUUUCAGAAAAGAACACUCGGUUAUUCUUCCAUCUUGUCUGAUACACAAAAAAUACCAGUGUGAGACGUAUUGCAAAAACUGUGAAAUACCAAUAUGUCUUCAAUGCCUAAUGGAUUCACAUAAGAAGCAUGAGUUUACCAAUAUCAAUUAUAUUAUUCAAGAACAUAAACAGAAUAUUAUUUCUGACACAGAAGAACUGGAAAAUACAAUUGAUCCAAAAUACAGAAACAUCAAUCUACUUACAACUGCUGAGUUUGACAAAGUUCUCUCCGCCAUUAAAGAACAAGAAGAUAAAAUCUGUAAAGCUGUACGUAAAAAAAGCAUUCAGCUCACAGAAGAAACUAGAAAUGAAGGACAGAAAAAGCCUGGAAUGCUGAAAAUGAUGGAAGAGCCUGUAGUACUAGGCACCAUACAAAGUCCUUAUGGUCAUGGGGAUAAGCUAUGGAGAGUGCAGUGUGUGGGGAGAAAUAAGAUCUUGAUCAGUGGAAAUGACAAAACAAUCAAAAAAAUAGACAGGAUUGGGAUUAUUCUACAAACAAUUAAAACAAAUGAUUAUGUGUUGGCAUUAACCAUUAAUUUACAACAGGAACCAGUGUUUUCGGUAAUGUUCACUCAAAAAAAGACCAAAAUUUAUAUGCAUAAUAAUGACAAAGUAAAGGUACUGCUAAGCACACCUGGAUGGUUUUCAGUUGGUCUAUGUUUUACAAUGAAUGGAGAUCUACUAGUGAGCAUGCGUACUAAUGAUCAUGAACAAAGUAGAGUAGUGAGAUAUUUAGAGACCAAAACAAUUCAGAGUAUCCAGUAUGAGAGUCAGGGACAACCUCUGUUUUCUACUGUUAGUACAGCUGUGCUUCUCCUGGCUGAGAAUGGUAAUGGUGACAUUUGUGUUGCUGACAAUGCUGGGAAGGCUGUUGUUGUUGUGGAUUCUUCUGGAAGAUUAAGAUUCAAGUAUACAGGCAACCUCUCCAAACAAUCAAAGUACAGAGAGUUUAAACCAUCUAAAAUUGCCGCUGAUGUCAAUAUGCAAAUACUGAUAAAUGACAACUCAAACGACAUUGUCAACAUUAUAGACUGUAAUGGUAACUUUAUAUGUUAUAUAGAACAUCCAUGUAAUGGAGGACUCAGCAUUGAUUCAGAUCAAAAUCUUGUGAUUGGAGACCAAGAUACUGGAAUCAUUCAAAUCAUCAAAUAUCUAGAGUGA